GUAAAUUUGAAGUUUGACGUUUAUCUGACGAAUGGCGAUUUUAGCAAAUGAUGGGGGUGUUGUGUUGGAUUUCGUGAUAUAAUUUUUUUGAGUCGUACUGUGAUAUGAAAUGAAAUAGCACUUCCGUAAUUAUAGGUGACACAUUGGCCGCACUCAAGUGCUGCGACAAUAAUGGCGACUCAGCCGGGUGAUUAUACAGAAUUUCCGCCCGAGAUAAUAUUAAAGCCCCUGGCGCUGGUCGGGUUGUCGGGGCUCGACGCUAUCAACAACGCCGUGCACAAGGAGAUAUGGGACGCUUUCUCAAACAACAGGCGUGCGGACAGGACUCCCGUCCGCUUCAAGCUACUCAACAACACGUUCGAGUUUCCGGUGGUGAAACCGAAGAGAAACUCCUACGAGUGGUACAUACCCAAAGGCAUUCUCAAGAAAAAUUGGAUUCACAAACGCGUCUCUCUCAUUCCCGCCGUUGUCGUAAUAUUUUACGACAUGGAUUGGAAUGAUCCCCAAUGGAAUGAGAAAAUUAUCGAGUGCGCGUCCAAAGUGCAGUCGAUCCGUGCGGCAGUGGAGGGGCACACGACGCGGGUCGCCGUGGUCGUCAUACAGAGCCGGCAGUCGCCGCCGCCCUCCGAAUACAUGCUAGGCGCCGAGCGAGCGCAGGCCCUGUGCGCUGCUUGUGAAAUACAGUCUAAAUCACUGUUUGUGCUUCCUCACAGCGACCACCUCAUGGGCUACAUAAUUCGCUUAGAAAACGCUUUUUACGACAUUGCCCAGAACUAUUACCACCAUGAGACAAAAAACAUCAAACAGCAUCGAGACCAUCUUAACAAAACCACACAUCAGUAUUUGUUUGUGAGGCACCAAUUUAAGCUGGGAUACCUCAAUGAACUGAAGCAGGACAUGAGCACCGCCCACAAGCACUACAUGCAUGCAUACAACAACCUGCUGGAGACCAGGACUGUGGACACCAACAUACAUGAGGUGAGAACUGUUGCAGGCUACAUCAACUACAAACUGUGUAAGCUUUUGUUUGCACUUAACUUACCCAGAGAUGCUAUUGCUCAACUCAAAUCUCAUAUAGAAAGGUACAAAAACAGGAUUGGUUCAACAGAGUUGUUGUUUGAACAUUAUGCGUGGAUUGCAAGACAAUACAGUGCCUUUGGAGAAUUGUUUGAUGAAGCGAUCAGAGCAGGGCUCCCUGCAAUACAGUCUCAGCACCCUGGCUUCUACUAUCAAUAUGCAGCUCAGUUUACAGUGAAAAGGAGACAGGCCAUGAGGUCUGUAUGUAGUGAAGCUCUGCAGUAUCCUCCACCUCCUGAUCCUUUGGAAGGUAUUGUAGAAUUUUAUGGGCAGAGGCCUUGGCGUCCUGGCAGACUCAGUGCUGAUCCUCAUGAUCCCCAGAAAGAGCAGGCAGCAAUAUUAGCUUUACAGUACAAUGAAAGGAUGUUUAAUCAUUCAACAAUGAUUAUAAACUUCUUGGGCUGUGCCAUAUCACAGUUUAAAACAUUCCACUCACCAAGAAUGAGGAAGCAGUUAGUGGUAGAGAUGGCAAAUGAAUAUUUUUACUCUGCUGACUAUGGUAAAGCUCUCACCUUGCUCACUCACAUGCUUUGGGACUACAGGAGGGAGAAGUGGUGGUUCCUUGCUUCCCAUGUGCUCAAUCGAGCAUUGCAGUGUGCUUACUUGUCAGCUAAAAUACAAGACUACUUACAGCUUUCCAUUGAAGCACUAUCAAAAUAUAUUCAGGUGCCAAACAAUGAUAAAGAUAGGAUAUUUAGGAACAUCAUGUCAGUUCUCAACAUGAAUAUCCCUGCAGCUGAACCGGAUUUACCAGCUACAUCCCAGAGUAAAGCUUUAGAACUGUGGCAGAUGUCUAUUGAAAAAGAACCACUGAAUGUAUCUGUGGAUAUGAUUAAUAUAUCUAGUUUCCUGGAAGUGAAACCUAAGUUCAAACAGGCAAGGUAUAGGAUGGAUGAAAUGAUUGAUGUGGAAGUGUAUGUGAGACUCUCAUACACUACCACACUGGAGGUGAAGAAAAGCUUUAUAACAAUAUCUAGUCACACAGAAACUAUUGAGAUUCCAAUAACUGAUGAAGGAAGUGCCUCCAUAUUUUUACAGGGUGGCAAAGUGAAACAGUUCUUGUGCCAAUUCAAACCCAAUCCUCAUGACAAUGGCUCAGAAUUGCACAUCAAAAAUGUUUCUUUUGUUUUGGAUGCUGAUAGGAAAAGAAAGAUUACUUUGAAUUUUAAAAUGGAUGAAUCUAAAUUAUCAGACACCACAAUACAUCCAGAACUACUCCACUUCAUCAUGAGUCCCAAAGCUGACUAUGAGUUUGACUGCAUAGUGCCAUUGACUGUUGCCAAUGUAACAUCUAGGGAGAGCAAAUUGUCAAUUGUAAUAACAAAUGCAAGCCCUGCUUUACAGGGCGAGUGGUUCCCAACCACCUUCACGGUAACAAAUAAUGAGGAAAGUCCUAUUAACAAUUUUAAAAUUGCAUUAUCUUUGCUAAGCUCCCCUGAUAAUCCGAACCCAGACUCUGUUACAGAACUGAGCCUUAUUGAAGGCACACCACAAGCUCAGCCAAUAAAAUUGUCACUGGACACCAUUAGCAAGUUAGCAAAUUACUCAAAUAAGUUUUAUUUAAAAACUAACAGGACUGCAACCACCACUGUGCAGAUUAAAGUGUCAUACAUUAUUGAUCUGCCAGAAAUAGCUAAACUGGAAUGUACAAAGGACUUUACUACUAAAAUAACUGUCAUUAAACCUUUUGAAGUAAGCACUAACUUUGUGGCCAUGAAUUUCAGACCUAUUUCUAAGUGCUUUGUAGAUGAUCCAUUCAUAGUGAUGCCCCAGAUAAAGAUCUUAAGCCCAUGGGAUCUUUUUAUAAUAGAUACUGAGUUAGAAGUAUCUGAAUGCUUUAGAAAUACAGAUGGAAAAAGUUUAUCCUGUAUUAGUAAUCUUGAAGUAGCUGAGAAGCAUGUAGCUUGUGAUGCUGUCUGUAUAAAAGCAAAGUAUAAGCCAAAGGACAUUCCCACAAGAGUUGGUUUAUACAAUAUUAAAUGGCGCCGAAAGAGUAAGAGGGGGUCUUGUGUGAUGAGCACCACAGCGCUGUCGGGCCUGUCGAUAGAAGAGUGUCCCAUAGCUGUAGACGUCGACUAUCCUGCAGUUGUUCAGCAAUUGACAUCUGUUCCUCUGCGGUGCAUUUUGAGAGGUAAAUCCACAAACCCUAUAAAGUUGAGCAUUGCUGUAGAGGGCAGCCAGGAUGCAUAUAUGUUUUCUGGAUAUAAAAAAAUGUCAGUGACCGUCCCACCCAGAGACACUGUGGAACUCUGUUACAACAUACAUCCUCUAGUAGCUGGAAAUACAACUCCACCUCGGUUAAAAGCAACAGUUCUAGGUGAAAAUUCAUGCCAAGAAGUAGUUAAUGAGAUGUUCGACAAAAUAUUUCCACAAAAUAUAUUUGUUAUGCCUAAGUACAAUAAAUAAAUAAAUAAAUUGUAUUAAAAUGUUA